AUGGAUCAAUAUACAGACGAAGCCAUAUACCUCAUCAAGCCAGAUGGCUAUCCAACGCCAUUCAAAGUCAAAUGCAGUGGUGGUGGUGGUGGUGGUGGACAUUUUAAUGUUAAGCCGCGAGUCACGCAUAUUCAACGGAACUCGUUUGCCUGCUGCCCUUCCACAUCCUUCAACCAAUCGUGGGCUGCCUAUCGUGAAGGGUUUGGUGACCGUGACAAGUUUAGCUGCAGCUACUGGUUGGGAAAUGAGAAACUAGCUGCCAUGACAGCACAGAAGUCAUACAAGCUUACCAUAUACGUUUCAAAACGACACUGGACGAAGAAGAAAGCCUUUUACACCAACUUCAGUGUGGCCAAUCAAUCAUCUAAUUUUAAAAUGCAAUACAGUUCCUUUGAAAAUGCAGGAUUUUUUAAUUUUUUGGAAUUGGAUGAUGGAUUUACGGCAGCGAACGCUCUGAAUCAGAAUUUAAAGGGAGCUCAGUUUUACACGUACGAUUACGACAACGUAGGAAAGUGUGCGGCAACACUCGGAUCUGGAUGGUGGUUUGACACAGACUGUGCUCGUGUGAACCUAAACACUGACCACGACCCACAGUGGUACAUCGGUGGAACUCUGAAAACCUUUCAACACGCUUACAUGUAUUUAGAAUAA